AUGAAGAACUCCGUUGCUACCAUCGCCCUCGCUCUCUGGGGCUCUGCCAUGGCUGUCCCCUUCAGCUCCUCCAACGGCACUCAUUCUUAUCCCACCGGCUCCGGAAUUCCCACUCCCUCGCGCACUCCCAGUGCCACCCCCAAUGGUACUCCCAGCAGCAGCGCCGGCACAGUCUCCAGCGAUCCUCCCCUUCCCAACCCAUUCGCUUCCUCCAGCAGCCUGCCUCCCACAUUCACUCCUUCCAGCGAACAGCCUGGUUCCGUGGUUGGUAAGCGUGGAGAGGAUCUCUCGAUCCCAACCGACCUUCCUUCUCUGGUCUCGGACGCUCAGGCCGUUGCUGGCGCCCUGGCCUCUGCCGGUGCUCAGAAGCGCGGCGGCUCCCUGUCCAUCCCCACCGAUCUGCCCUCGCUGGUUGGUGAUGCUCAGUCUAUCGGCGCUGCUCUGGCAUCCGCCGGCGCCCAGAAGCGUGGCGACUCGCUCUCGCUUCCCACUGAUCUUCCUUCGCUGGCUGGCGAUGCCCAGUCUGUCGCCGCGGCCCUUGCUUCUGUUGGUGCUCUGAAGCGUGACGACUCUCUUGCCCUUCCUACCGACUUGCCUUCCCUGGUUUCCGAUGCCCAGUCCGUUGCUGCUGCCCUCGCCUCGGGCGGUUCCCAGAAGCGUGGCCUGUCUUCCACUCCUCUUCCUACUCCCACCAGCACCCCAGUGACUCCUAGCGGCAGUGCCACUCCUUCCAAUGCUCCAUCUUUCACCCCCAGCUUCACUCCCGUGACUCCCUCCGCUACUCCCUCUGUUACUCCCUCGUCCUCUGGCAUUCCCACUUCCACUGGUCCGUCCUUCCUCGGCUUUCCUCUGGCCUAA